AUCAGCCCUUCCCCUGUGUCUGACGUGGCCUUCUUUUUGCUGAGAUGGAUGCUGAGGUGGAGGCAUAGCUGGACAAAUACCUCAAAAUCAGUAAAUUAUGCAAAUUACUUUUAUACCCUUAAGUUGUUUAGGGAAUAAAAUUGGGGAUUUAGGGAUUUAGGGAUUUAGGGAUUUAGGGAACAGCUUCUAUCAUCUUUGUCUUCUUCCCUUCUUCGUCUUUGUUUAGCAAGAUCUGCAAUUCAUCGAGCAUGAGAAUUGCUUUUGCCAAUAAUUUCAGUAUAUUGGGCACACUAAAGAGCCUGUCGGGAUUGCCCAGGGAGUUCCACUUUUGGGAUUUGAAGAUGGUGACGAACAACUUUGACUAGAAGCGGAAGCUGGGUUAGGGAGGAUACGGGGUAGUCUAUAGAGGGGUGCUGGAGAAGGAGAAUCUGGAAAUUGCCAUGAAGAAAUUCUCCAGAGACAGUAUGCAAGGCAAAGAUGAUUUCUUGGCAGAGCUGACCAUCUCAUUUUCCCAUUUUCUUGUUUUUUUCUAUAAAUUGAUUAAAUUUUG